UUUCAAUCUGUAGAAAAUGGUACAGUGACAUCAGGAUUUAGUGGCCUUGGUUCCAAGAUUGGCCCAAGAAUCAAGGAGGGCAAUUUACAGUUGCAACAGUAUGGAAUGACAGUCUUGAUCCCAGGGAUCAUGUAUGAUUUGUUGAAGAAACAAAAAAGUGUAGACUUGCAAGAAGAGAAGGAUGCAGGAUUCCACGCAUUUACUGGAUGUGACUCCACCAGCACAUUUGUUUGGAAGGACAGACUCCAACCUCUUCGUAUUUUAAGAAGCGAAAGCAUGUUCUUAAACAGACACCAAAAUGAACAUAGAAUAUUUUGGCUGUAUGUUACAUUCAGAAGACAAGAAAACUGACAUGUAAACAACCUUAGAUAUUCACUAUUUCAACAAUGCUACAGCCCAAAAACAAGUGACACCAUCUCAUAUGAUGACAGUGAUCUUUUCCUGCUGUCAAUAUGUAAGGAGUCUCUCCAACAUUUGCAACCAUAGCACCACCUGAUAAACGAAAGAUGGAUGGCCAAAUCUUUCGAUUGCACCCCCUGAAUUUAAGGGUUUCCUGUCAACUAUCAACCAUGUGGGUAAUAUCAACAGUAUAGAUUUAAAG